AUGGGGAACCGAUCUCCGCCGGUGAGGAGACUGGAGGGGUAUAAGGCGACAGAGCGGCCAUCCCCUCCUCAGCGGCUCCAUACUGGGGGCUGGGAGGAGCAGCCCGACGCACCCAACAUGGCGCCAGGUUACGACAGAUACUACAAUAAAUAUAUCAAUGUCAAGAAAGGGGGCCUCGGUGGUAUCUCCAUGGUGCUUGCUGGUUAUGUUGUCAUCAGCUACAUCUGGAGCUACAGUCACAUCAAGCAUGACCGCCACAGGAAGUACCACUGA